CCUCUCCCCAAACUGAGAACUUAACAUGCAAUCAACACAGACAAAUUAUCGCCACACAGGCACUUAAGGUGUGAACUCAAUCAUCAACCUGCUGUUUCCAUGACAACCCCUCCACUAGUGUCACCUUUCAGCGGGCAGCCACCGCCUCAGCAGCAGCAACAGCAACAGCAGCAGCAGGCCCAGGCAGCUCGUGAUGUCAACACGGCCUCGCUGUGCCGCAUUGGCCAGGAGACGGUCCAAGACAUUGUCCUCAGGACCAUGGAGAUCUUCCAGCUUCUCAGGAACAUGCAGCUGCCUAAUGGAGUCACCUACCACCCCAACACCCACCAGGAUAGACUGGGAAAACUGCAGGAGCAUCUUCGCACGCUUUCCGUGCUCUUCCGCAAGCUGCGCCUCGUCUACGACAAAUGUUCCGAAAACUGUGCCGGGCUCGACCCGAUCCUUCCAGAGCAACUGAUACCCUUUAUGGACGAUGACGGCACCAAACAUGACGACCACUCAGCCGGCCAGAACCGCCCUGCAGCCGAGGACAGGAGAGAAAUCCAGGAGGUCAACAAGGUAUUGUGUUCUCACUCUCAGGGUUACCCGCAUUAAGUUGCAGCCAGCGGUGAUAAAACGACAAGGUCGGCUUUCUCAAACAGUUCAAGCCUAUGUGCUUUCCUGGCGUCGUGUUUCAUACCAUGAACCUUUAUCGUUCGUGGACGAGGUUGUGCUAGUAUCUAGUUAAAUGCAAGAGCUGAGAACCUUCACAAUUUGCUACACCUUUUUUUUAUUCAUCGCAAAUAUCUUUUGAUGCUUUCCUAUAUGCUAUGCUUUCCGCAAGGGGAAAUCCGUCCGGUCCUCCUGUCACUUUAAAUAAUCAAUUCAAUUCCAUAUUUUCCCUUGACCUUUAAGAUUCCUGAUGAGGGCCAUGAGGGAAAGGUGGAAUUUUUUUUGUUUGUGUGCCUGAUGGACUGUGAUGAGGUUUACCGUAAUUUUCGGACUAUAAGUCUCGUUUUUAUUCAUAGUUUGGGUGGGGGGGCGACUUAUACUCAGGAGCGACUUAUAUAUAUAUAUGUGUGUGUUUUUUUUCACAUUUUUGGGCAUUUUAUGGCUGGUGCGACUUGUAGUCCGAAAAUUACGGUACAUUUUGACAGGGAGAAUGUUUUCCCAAGUUGGAUCCCAGCAUGCAUGCAUGCAUUUGAAAGUUUUUCUUCCAGUAAACCACGCCAACACACUUUUUUUCAAAGCCGUAGGGAUUCUUAACAGGUGGAUCAUAUGGUUUUGUUUUGAGUAGGUGGGUGGAAAGAGAAACAUAAGCUGAGGCUUAGUUUGUUUUAUGGGGAAGUUUAUGUGACUGCUGUAUUCAUACAAACACACUGUAGUUACUUUCUUGCCAGGGUCAUUUACAUAAGAAACAGAUGAUUUAUUUAAGAAAAUAAAAGCAUGAAGUCAGUGGACAAAAGCUAGCCAAAUUAUUAUUAUUUUUUAGUUGAGGUGUUGACUUUUGGAGUGGCCUCAAAUGUCAGCAGACUCUUAAGAGCUUUUUCAAAUGUGUUACCUGUCAAAUGUGUUUUUGCUCUUCUCUGAUCGAGGGGGCUUGCGACGUGCAGCGCAGAUAACGCUUCUUUAAACCGACAUGCCGUGUUGUCACUCAAGGCUGAAAGUUUUUUUGGACAGAUUGCAUCCACCAUCUUGGGGAAAAUGCAUACACAUUCUUUUGAGCUGCCCAGAGUGAGAGCUGGCAAAACAAAUGAAAAAAAAGAAAAACAGCAUGAUGCUUUUCUUAUGAAAACAUGUAAUGGAAAAUUGCUAUUUUAUCAAGAGUCCUUAUCUCGCCACUCCAAAAGUCCCUUUCAAAGCCUCCUUCGGUGUUGUGUAGCGGUUGCCACCGUAGAUUGGCUUUGGCACAGUGGCUCAUUUUUCUUGUUGCAUUUCUAACCAGCAGUACAGUUCCAUUUGCUUUUGCAAACAUCGCCUUUAUUAGUUUCUACUGUCAAAUUGUCAGCGUCAAGGAGCAAAGUAUGCAAAUCACUUUUGUUUGAGCAAUGGCAGCCUUCUGCGUGAGCCUAAAUUAACUGCAGGUAUUGUUCUUUUGUUGAUAAGAUUCAUUGGACUAUAAGUAUUUCUUUUUUUUUUUUUUUCCCUACAUGCGUUUUGGAGCGUUUGUUGUGGUCCAAUUAAACCUGGUGGAGGAAAUGAUGAACAGUUUUAAAAUAACAGUCAGUGUCCAAAUCUUCAGGCUGCUGCUAGAAAGUAAAUGAAUUUCUGUAAGAAGAUUAUUUUUGAGACAAUGUCUGUAAUUUAGCACAAUGAAAGAAAUAAUACAAUUGACUUGAAAUGAAAUUUGCCAGUAUACUGUAAAAAAAAAAUGGCAUGGGAGAGUAUCGGUAUUUGCUAAUCAAGGUAUCGGUACUUACAACAGCGGCCGAUAUGUGGUUUUAUAAUCAAGAACUCGAAAUUUGAAACAAUUUUAAUUAAAAAAAAAAAUCAUUUUAUGCCAUUUGCAGUCAAAUUGGGACGUCUAGGUCUUGACUACCUUUUAGCCCCCCGUGCACAUUUUAUUUAUGAAUCUGUAUUUACAGAGUGAGCGCUUUUGUUCUUUCUUCAGAGCAAGAUUUUUUUUUCCCCCUUCUCCUGCACACAUUCAGUUUGUCUGUGUGUAUAUACAGGUUGAAGCCCUUCUUUAUGUGCAUUGCUGGCCCCGAAAUUGCAUGCCAGGCUGCCCGAGUGUGCUGCAAUGAUAAUGGUCCUAGGUCAGUCAUGUCAGCAGCAGCAGCAGAAAGGAGAAUUGGUUAUUUUUAAAAGCUGCGCCGCGCUCCCCCGGCUGCUUUUAAAUGUUAACACAACAGGGAAACAUUGAGGUGAACCCUGAGCUCAGCUGUGUUCAGCUUCAUCCCACACAACAACACAACAAUGGCUGGAAAGGCCGUGGAAUAAUGUUAGAUAACAUUGUUUAUUUGCCGAACCUUGAAUAAAAGCGUGGCAAACCUAUCAUAAAUGAACAAUCAAUAUUCUUGCAAAAAACCAAAGUGCACAAGUGAAACGGAAAUUGCAUUUUCCUUUUCGCUCCUAUUAGACACUGCCAUACAGAAGAGAUAAAUAACCUUGUUUGUAACGUGACCUUCCUCGCCAUUAGCAUGCAAAUUGAGUUCUGUCAAAUCAUCCACGUAUAGACAGUAUGGAGGUUAAGACGGCAUGGAAAUUUGUGUUAUCUAUGACACUUGAAAAGAACUUUAUAGUAGAUUCCAGUCGAUAGAAGCUUCCUUGUAUGCUGGAGACGAUUUGCAAACGUCAGCAUGCAAAACAUUCUCACUACCCAGGUGGUAUGUUUAUGUUUGGCAGGUUUAAUGCUGACCUUGCUAACCAUGCCAGUUUGACAUGGUUGUGUGGGCAGCAUGAAAAAAUGUUUAUUUGUUUCAAAUAGUGUGCCAAAAUCUGCUCAGAUUUUGUUAUCUUCACACAGGUUUAAAUGUGUGUGUGAUUGUAUUUGGAAUAUCAACAAGAAAACUAAAUUGAUUACAGUAAAUGACUUCGGCCUAAGUUUGACACCAUCAUUAAAAUUUAACAGCCACUCUGUCACAUGGUAGUCACCAGAAGCAAUUCACAGCAAUGAUGGGAAAAUGAAGCUUCAAAUUUGCUUCAUGAAGCAGUUGUUUUAUUUUUCUGACUCCUGAAUGGCAAGUUGCCAUUUCUUUAACCCCAACAGUGCCACCUUGAGGAGCCAAAAAGUACAACUGAUUCAUGAAGCAAAUUUAAAGCUUCAUUUUCCCCAUGACUAGCUAAUGGAAUCAAAACCUGGCAUGACCCUGGUCCAACCCAUUUGACUAGCCAAGACUCCCUCUCUGGCCCUUGAGUGUGUGCCCCAUGUGUUGGAGCAUAUUUAGCAGUGAUUCCUUCCUCCAGGCUUCCCAGCUGCACAUUAAGGCAGCAGCAGUAAGGACAGCAAGCUUCGGGGAGUUCUAGCGGUUAGUCCGAUAAGCAGAGUCAAAAUGCAGACGGACAAGGGAAGCAGAUGUUUGCAAGCCGGCCCACAUCUGCCGCAGUUGCUCCGGCCAGAUCGGCUGGUUCCGGAUCAACUAAAUGAGAGUAGAGUCGAGAUAAAAGAGGAAGAAAGUGGUAGGUUGGAAGAGCCAUGAAUAGACGGCUUGAUGGAGAAAAAGGGGAGAGAUUUGUGAUAAGAGUGAUAGAAAGGAGAAACAUGGAUAAAUGGCUUGCUGAUGGCGAAAGGCAGAAAGAGAAAUGGACUAUCAGGUGUUGGGAGAAGGCUGGAUCAGGAGAUAGUGGCUGUCAGAUGGAGUGAGGACAACUAAAAAGUGGGAGUGAAAAACAAACAAAUGGAAGUGAGUUUUCGAAACGGUCCGGAAAGUCGACUAUAUAUAAAUAAAGAAGAUGGAUGAAAGAAAGACAGCUAUGGAUUGUCAAGUUAAUCAGUUGUAUGAUGAAAUGCCCGUGGAGUGACGAACCUCGUGAGGAUAAGCGCUUCCAAAAAAAAAAUGGAUGAACGGCUGAUAAAAGUUCCGUUGCGGCGGGGAAAAUCGAAAGUUCCUGUAAGCGAAUUGCGAGGGGAAGAUUAUCGCUCUAGUGUUAAGAUGAGUAGAAGCGUUUUGCAAACUUCCAAGCUGAAGAUGAGAUUAAAAAAAAAAAAGUUUUGAAGUCAUGAAUAUUCUGUAAUUUAGAUUCAAAUCACUAACUAUCAAAAAAAAGACAGAAUCAAUCCCUGGUCUGAUUGAUCACAGCUCAAAACGAUCCAUCUAAUAUAUGCAAAUAUGCAAAUUUCUGUUUCAAAUAUAUUUUUGCAGGAAACGCUCCGACUAUCCCGCCAUGAUAUUUUUACUACAAUCACGUCGAUGAAAAAAGAAGAUAAUAGGAUAAGAGGAUUUCACAAUCAUACGAAUUUUUUUCAUGCUGUCUUGAGAGUCGAAUAACCUUGAAACAGGCAGCAGCCUUGUUAUUAUUCGACAGGAGAGAGUGGCUGUGUGGAUAUUCAUUGAAGUGUGCGCUCCCGAGACACUAUCACGGUAAACGCGAGUGUCCGUUUGACACCGUAUGUCCACGCUUUCCAAUCCUUCGCUAAUCCCCUUGUCUGUAGCCACGGCAUAAGUAAGAGACCACCUAAAAACGCAAUUGGAAUCUGAAAUAGGACAGCUGUGACACAGUUUGUGCUUUUUGAAUUUUUUUUUAUUUUGGACGAAACGACAAAUUUAUUUUGGAGAGCGCUCAAACAACUGGAAUUGAGUUGAAGAUUAGUUGGUAAUUAAAAAAAUAUUCCGUUUUGCUAGCUUCCAGAAGAUGAUUAAGGUUAUUUUUCCAUUGUAUUAUUAAUAUAAUAUUAUAUACACUACCGUUCAAAAGUUUGGGGUCACAAAAUUGUUUGGGUGACUUUUGAACGGUAGUGUAUAUAUUUAUUU